AUUUUCCUAUUUAAUUUCAUUAUUACUGUUUUCAUUUUCAGUUAAAAGGAAUUUCUACUCGCUUCUACAAGUCUCCAAAACUUCAACCUCCCUUCAAUCCGCACCGUCUCCGGAUCUCGUCUGAUAAGGAAACUCGUGUCUCAAUGGCGGCUAGAAUUGCAGCUAGAUAUAUCUCCCGCAGGCUGUCAAGCAGUGGCAAAGUCCUCAGUGAGGAGGAGAAGGCUGCAGAAAACGUGUAUAUCAAGAAAAUGGAACAAGAGAAAUUGGAGAAGCUUGCUCGUAAGGGUCCCAACGAAACUUCUGCGACAAGCUCAGGAUCUACAGCUGAUGCUGGUGCUGCAUCGAGUGGCCAGACCUCCUCUUCAACUGCUUCUAAUGUGUCAACCGACAAGUUCAGAAACUAUGCCGUUGCAGCAGGUAUUGUUACAAUUGCUGCUUCUGCCGGAUGGUAUUUGCGCUCAGGGAAGAAGGAACCCGAGGAAGCACACGACUGAGAUAGAUGCAUGCCCCAAAGCUCAUCUGCUCUGCCGCAAUAAAAAGUCGUCCAAACUCCCGUAAGAACCAGGUUCACUAUCUCAUCUCAUCUUAUUUCAUGAAUUGUGACAUGAUCGAUCUUUUUUAAGGAAUAUGAUAAAUGACUCAGUACUACCUGCUGCUAUUAUCUCUUUGCUGAGUGCAAACAUCAUGGAUGGUAGGACUUCUUGAUUUUCAAUUUGCUGUGAUAUUUUGAUCUUCUUACUACCUGAGCAACGUUUUGGGAUUUUUCUGGGAUGCUAACACAGUCGUUUCUUUAUUUAAUGGAUUUGCUUGUUAUAUUA